GUUGAUUCUCGAGAUCUCGCGACAGUUGAGAAAGAAGUUCGAAGAUGACUGCUCUCUUCAAUUUCCAGUCCGCACUCCUUGUGCUCCUCCUCCUCGUCUGCACAUGCGCCUACUGUCAUCAACUCUUCCCAGCCCUUAUGGAUAGGAAGAAAGAAUCGCCGCUAUGGGGACCACUAUGGAAGUGCGCUCGAGUGGGAGAACGAUUAAGUCCAUAUGUUAGCAUAUGUUGUGUCAUCUUUGCGGUCCGUCUCUUCAUCGGUGCAUAAGAAAUCCGGGGAACUGGCGUUUGGGGUACGGGUACGGGGAAGAUAUUAGGCACUCGUCAACGAAUGAACAUACUUGGAGGAGUAAUUGAAUUACAGACACGAAGUUUUACUGCUUCCAUAAAAUAUCAACCAAGACACCUUGAGCCUCGACCGUCCUAUUCCAUGCAACGCCAUCGCUAUGUUGUUCCCAAAGUCCAUCCAAAUCAUUCAUGAUAACUCGUCCUAGCACUCGCAGUUUCAUUCUCACCCCAAAUAUCCCGACUCUCCUGCUCCACAGCCUUCAUAGCCUUAGCAACCUCCUCCAACUUAGCAACCACAUCCAACACCCCCUCAUUAACCCUCUGAAAAUACCUAUCAUUAGCUUCCCUCCUCUUCCUCGCCAAUAAAAUAUCCG